AUGGUAGGAUCUGGGUCAUUUUACAAGGCGAAGAUCGACAGAGCAAUCGGCGAAACUGGACUAACAGAAGCUGAAGUCAAGGUAUUUCUUUAAAAUUAUUUUUAGACGUGCGAUAUAAAAUUUUGUUCUCCCCGGCUUUAGCCAUGCAUAAUAUCCGCAAUUAAGCAAGGUUUAAAACAUGCAAAUUUUAGCCAUACAUACAGGUAACAAUAUAUUGAUAUUCAUAGUGCCACAUAGCAAAAACCUAUUCUUGUUGUAUGAAUGUUGGGAUACUACAGAAUUUUCCUCUGUGGUAGGAAUGUGAAUCGCUGAUGGAACAUAUUAUCUGGUAUCCUGUCAUUUCUUACUGACCAAUAUACAGUAUAGUCAACUACCACCAUUCAAUAUCAAAACGAUCAUAUCUGUCAUAUGCCCCCAACAUUUCUUAUAGGCAGAUAAGGCAGCCCACAGUAUUUGGGCAGAAUACAAAAAUUCCUAUCUGGGCCUUCAUGGUGCUAUACGUUUUUAUAGGUACCUGUAAUGCAGGUAUCAAUUUUAAGCCCAAGUGGGGGAGGGGGGGGAGGCCGGGCAUACGUGAGGGGUUUGACAAGUGGUUGUGCUCCCACCCUGGGGAAUUUGGUUCUUAAAUUUUGCCCCAGACUCGGGGGUUUUGAACUAUACUAAUCUUUCUCGUAUUAUUAUGUUCACCAUAUGUGUGUGCUGACGGUGUGAUUUGUGAUGCAACCACAUGAUUUACCAACAUGUGUUAUCGUAAUUAUGUGCGUCUUUGCGAGUGUGCCAGCCAUUGGAAAUUUAAAUUAUAUAAGUAAGUUUUUAAUGUUCAAUCUAUAGAUUAUUCAAGCCAUUAAUUUCAGAAAAGUAUAAUUUUUAAUACAAUUUCCAUAAAAAAUCAUGCUUACUGAUUCAGAUUUAUACAAAUCACGUAUAUUUAAAUUUAUUUAUAUACAUGUAUGUGAAGUGGCAUUGUUUGAGGAAAAUAGCGACGUGAAAUCAGUCUCACAAACUUUGCAUUUUUUCGCUCCUUUUUGGAUCAAAUUUUUUCGAGUUAACAAUCAAGAGCAUCAUUGACAUCACAGAAUAGAACUGCAGUUUCUAUUCUGUGUUAACAUUGCUGACGUAAGAAAUAACGAAUAAUCACACGAGCGACACUUGCCAGGAAAAUAGCAACUGUUAGCACAAGUUUCUUUCCCAAUUUACGCACCUCUAAUAUUUAAUCUGCUGUGCCCAGGUGUAGGGAUUUUGGCUUUAUUUGAUUGGGUUUUUAUGCCCCACUGUCGGGCAUUUGAACAUUUUCAAUGCGAAAAAUUCAAAUCCCCCACCUUUUCCUGGCCACCCCCCCCCCACCCCCCCUCAGAUUUAACAUUGUUACCUGCAUAACUGGAACAUUGCAUGCCUGGGAUCUGUAUCAAUGCUUAGAGACAAUUUUGUUAAGGAGUAUCAAUGUCAAUGUUUUAAUAAUAAUUGCUCUAUGCAUGUUCAAUAAAUGACAAUAUGAUUUGAAAUAAUGUAGAAAAGAGUAGGAUAGAUUGUAUGGUUGCCUGAACAAAUCAAGACUACUGUAUUACUAUUACUGUAAGCUGAUCAGUAUUUGGGAAUUAUUGUAAUAAGAUAAGAAGCUGAAAAUGUUGUAUGAGUUUCAAACUGUGGGUUAAUUCAUUGUAUUCCAAUUAAUGUAAUAUCUCUGCAUUGGUGUCUAAGUACAGUAAUAUAUGAACAAAGAGAAUGAGCGUUUCACUUGGAUAUGCAAACACAAGAAAACAAUGUGUGAAAACACGAGCACGAAGCGCAAGUGUUUUCAUACACUGUUUUCGAGUGUUUGGAUAUCCCGGUGAAACAAAAUCAUCAUCAAAUAUCUUAAUUACGUAUGCAGCUAAACUCUUGUGGUUGUGUCUGCUAAACUCUUGUGGUUUGUGGUUGUGUCUGACAGUGUUUGACCGUGAUAUCCAAACAGAAUCUUGUGACAGAACGCUUACAUGCUAUUGGUUUAAUUACUCAUGAAUUAUUAAUGAAUUUGAGAAGUAUUAAUAACUAAUUAAUGAAUUGUGUUCCAUAUAUGAAGUUGGACAUAAAAUACCAGAAGUUCAACUUAUUUAGGAUGGGCAGAGCCAUGCUAAAUCUGAUAGAGGGGUGGAUGAUAGUACCAUGUAUGCUGUAGUUACCCAGUUACAUGUGACUUUAUAAAUUUAUGAUCUUUUUCGUAGAAGUGGAUUGGCAACCAAAAACGAAUGAAAAAAUUGGAUAUGAUAUUUUUUGGGUCUUUUACUUUCAAAAGACAUAUUUUUAUGUUAUGGCAUAUCUCAGAUGUCCAUAAAUACCACUAUUUUCCUUACCAAGCUAGCUGGCAUUUUUGUACCAUAUGAAAAGACAUACAACUGAAACUUACCUGUCUCCCCAUAUAAACAAUGCAAAACAUUUUCAACAUCACUCAUUUUACCUUCAUCACUGUGACACUGUCAUUGUUGUCAUAAUGUCCCAGAAAUCGCAUAAUAUUCCCAAUUGCGCAUUCUGCCUAAACCAUAGCUCUUUUUGUUGGUAUAACUUCUUUAGUAUAAAUCGAAAAAACGUUGAUCUGAACUCUGAAGUCGAUCAACAAAAGUUUGUAGAAAAUAUACGAAAUGGCGACAAUGGUUUUAUACCAAUAUACUAAGUGUUACAUGAAGUGUACCACAGGUGAGCUACGAGCUUGCAGUAUAAUUUUUAAAACACAAUAUUCACUUUCAAACUACAAUAUUCGCAAGAAUUUUAUGCGAAAUAUGUUAUCUAAAGCCCCGUUUACACUACGCUCAAUUUUUGGUACGGCACGGAUGACUUGGUACCCGUACCACUUUUUUGGCUCCUGGACUACAUAUUUAGGUAUGAACCAAAAAGCGGCACGGUACCAAAAAUUGAGCGUAUAGUGUAAAAGGGGCUUAGCUAAAUAGGUAAUCCAAGAACCAAAAAAGUUGUACAGGUACCAAUUUUAUCCGUGCCGUACCAAAAUUUGAGCGUAGUGUAAACGGGGCUUAAAUUCGUAUAUUGGUCGAAUCAAAGACCGUUCAUAUACUCUGCAAUAUAUCAUGGUUCCUACAUGUUUGGUGUUUACUCAAAGACAGGAAGAUAUUAUGCGUUGAAGGUACAAAGAAAUAUGUGUAUUUGUGUAUACAAAAAAUGUUAUAAAUAAGCAUUUUAUAUUAUAUACGUAUUUUGUAGUAAACUACAGUGUGUAUCAAAAUAUUUCGAAUCCAAAUUUGACAGACUGCUGUUUAUAAAAUACUAAAGUAAACGAUAAAAUUUGUAUAUGGCAAUAAAGAAUAGCCUAUUAGGUUUCCGAUUAUAUCGUUAUUAUAUCAAUAGAACCAAAAAUGACCAAGAAAUCGUGUGUUCAAACUGGUUGCUCGAAAUCAAAUUUUUCCGCCGAUGGGAAUUCGAAGUUGAGACGUACAGACAAAAGAUCGAGCAAAUUUAAUUAAUCAACAAACUGUUAUGGUAGCAAAAUUUACAUAAAUUCGUGUUCAUUUAAAGAGAUUUAAGCUCCUAUGCCUUCAACAUGUUGAACAAGAAGAAAUAUGCGUUAAAUUUACAUUUUAGUUUUCAGUGAUGAUUAGCAUUUCAAAGCCUUGUGGGACUAACUUUGAAAGAAAAAAUGUCCAAUUCUCAUCGGCGGAAAAUUGUGAUUUUUAUGGACUUUUUUGUCAAAGUAAUACUCCUUCAUUUUCCAACUAAAUGACGCGUACAACAUGUCAUUUGAAAAGUAAAUAAAUGAACUUAACAAUGGUGUAAAAACCAACCGAAUUUGUCAAAUAUAUUCUGCGUUAUUACACGCCAAAUUUGGAUUCGAAUUAUUUUGAUACACACUGUAUAUUACAUGUUAUACUUCAUUUUGCUAUUUUAUAUAAUAUAUUAUGGAUAUUUACUUUGCAAAUCAUGUGUAAUAAUCCAUCUUUAUAUGUUCUCUAAUUAUAUUAUGUUAUUUAUGUCGUGGGAAGUGAUACAGCCAAAAAAUACUGUCCAAUCUAUAGUUUGCCAUUUUUGGCCCUGACCCCUUGUCGGACAAAUGUCGGCAAACGUUCGUAUAACGAUGAUUUUCCAGAAAAUUUUUCGCAGUCAUGACGGCAGAGGAAAAAUAUUAAUCAUGAAAGCACAGGCAAAUGAGAUCAUUUGUUCAGGAAUGACGGAUAAAUAUUUAUAGGGGUGCGCUCAUUGUGCGCACCCCCGGUACAGAUAGGGUUAAACCAGUUGGGAUUGUGCAGAUAGAAACAUGGGCGUACCGAAAGGAAAAAUUUAGGGGGGGGCGGAAAGAAAAUUGCCCGACUUUUCGGGAUUGUGCCCGACUAGUACUGAAAAUUUUUUUCCGGAAAAAUUAUUCUGGCGACCUCCCCCCCCCCAUUUUAGGGGUUAAAAAAAUUUUCCGGACACCAGAAUUUUUCGGAACAUUACUUAAUUUUACACAAAAUUUACAGAAUUUGUCCCAUUUUUUUUAAUUGCAAACCAAAAUUGCCCGACUGUUGAUUGAAUAUUGCCCGACUGCCCAACAAACUGAGGGGGCUACCGCCCCCCCCCGCCCCCCGGCCGGUACGCCUAUGGAUAGAAAUUUCUUUAGGCUAUGCUUGAAGUGACUGUACAAAAUGCGCCGGUUUAAUUACGCUUCUGGACAAAGCGAUUAUAUCGCAUAAGAUUCGUUCAUGCUUUGACAGUCACAUGCGUAGGCCGCUAUCAAAUAUUCCUUUUGUUGGCUUGCACUUGGCAGGGAUCGAUUUUAGUGCAGGACGCACUUUGCAUGGAGCGAAUUUAUGCUGAACUCUAUUAGCUAAUCCUUACCCUAACCCAACCCUUAAACUAAUUAAGCCUUCACCUAAUUGGCGGCCCUAAAUAAUUCUAGAGAUUUUGACGCCUUUGUCUUCGUUAUUUGUAGGAACUUUCAUUACAGUCGCUUGACGUUAAGAUUGAACGCCUUCAGAACCACACUGAGCGGAAUACGGUGGCGGCCGAUUUAUCUUGUGUACAGACAGAAUUACGAAAACCGAAAGGGAUCUUUGAUCCACUAUCGAAUUGGGUCCUAAAAGAUUAUGCGCCCCUGCUGUCUUCCCCUGUUACUUCAAUCUUCAACGCCUCCCUUCAACAGGCGUCUGUUCCCGGGGUAUGGGAAAAAGCCGACGUCAUCCCUGUACCUAAAAAUAAGGUGCUGAGGGACAUUACUAAAGACUUGCGUCCCAUCUCGCUUACUGCCACUUUGUCAAAAACGUGUGAACGUUUUGUCGCAGACUGGCUGAUGGAGUUGAUUGGUGAGAAGAUCGAUAAACGGCAAUUUGGAUCUCUAAAAACUCUUCAACAACACAUGCAUUAUUGA